CUUCGCGCACAGUAAGUCCUUUUCUUGUUGGCCGUUUCGUUGUCGUUGACGCUUCGACUAAGUUGAAUUUAAAUUCCAACACCAAAAAAUAAAAAUAAUAACACAACAAAAAGAAAAAAAUUAAACUUUUUUUUUUGUAUAAACUUAUAAAACUCGUUGUACUUGUUUCCGUUUCAGUGUGUGCGUGUGUGUGUUAGCUACUCUCUCUCUCUCUUUAUUUCUCUCUCGUACUCUCCAUCUUCAUCGUCUCCAAAAUAUUUUUGUUCAAACCAAAAGACCGAAGGAACCUACACUGUAUCCACAUCGACAUCGUGUGUGCUCCACCAAAAGCCUUUGCGCCGCCGUGUGUACUUAACCAUCAUCAUUGAGAGUGAGAGAAAAAUCUUGUUAUACUGUCGUCAUAAUUACCAUUUUUUGUUUUUGAAUUGUUUAACGAAACAAAAUGCACAAAUAGAAAAUUUUAAUUGUUUGUUUAACAAUCUCUUAUAUUUACUGUGUGACUUAAAAGGAACAACAACAAAAAACAAAGUAGUUAAGUAAAUUGGAACCCACCUGCUGUUGCUAGAAGAACGAGGAGAACGAACCAACAAAGAACGUCUACAUCACCAAGGUAGUAGUCCUAAGAACAUAGAGCUGCUGACGAAAGAUUAUAAUACAGAGAAACAAGUUUAAACUUGGAUAAGAGACAAGAAACUGCAUCAACAUGAAGCCCAAAUCAUCAUCUCUAAAUGUGCGAGUUACCACAAUGGAUGCCGAGCUGGAGUUCGCCAUACAGACGACUACCACCGGCAAACAGCUCUUCGAUCAAGUUGUUAAGACUAUUGGACUACGUGAAGUUUGGUUCUUUGGAUUGCAAUAUACUGAUUCAAGAGGUGACUUGACAUGGAUCAAAUUAUACAAAAAGGUUAUGAAUCAAGAUGUAAAGAAAGAAGAUCCCCUACAGUUCCGCUUCAGAGCCAAAUUCUAUCCCGAGGAUGUGGCCGAAGAACUGAUCCAAGACAUAACUCUGCGUCUAUUUUAUUUGCAAGUGAAAAAUGCCAUAUUGUCUGAUGAAAUCUAUUGCCCGCCCGAGACAUCAGUUCUGCUAGCAUCGUAUGCCGUCCAGGCACGCCAUGGUGAUCACAAUAAGAGCACCCACACUGCUGGUUUCCUAUCGAACGACCGUCUUCUUCCGCAACGUGUCAUUGAUCAGCAUAAAAUGUCCAAGGACGAAUGGGAAGCGUCAAUAAUGACCUGGUGGCAAGAACAUCGCGGUAUGUUGCGCGAAGAUGCUAUGAUGGAGUAUCUGAAAAUUGCCCAGGACCUAGAAAUGUACGGAGUGAAUUAUUUCGAAAUCCGCAACAAGAAAGGAACUGACUUGUGGUUGGGUGUUGAUGCAUUGGGUUUGAAUAUCUACGAACAAGAAGAUAAAUUGACUCCAAAAAUUGGAUUCCCAUGGUCUGAGAUCAGGAAUAUUUCUUUCUCAGAGAAGCGUUUUAUCAUUAAACCAAUUGAUAAAAAAGCGCCAGACUUUGUGUUCUUUGCGCCACGCGUUAGGAUCAAUAAGAGAAUUUUGGCCUUGUGUAUGGGCAACCACGAAUUGUAUAUGCGUCGUCGCAAACCAGAUACAAUUGAUGUUCAGCAAAUGAAAGCACAAGCAAGGGAAGAGAAGAAUGCCAAGCAACAGGAACGAGAGAAGCUGCAAUUGGCUCUGGCAGCCCGUGAACGCGCCGAAAAGAAACAACAAGAAUACGAAGACCGUCUUAAGCAAAUGCAAGAAGAAAUGGAACGCUCACAAAAGGACCUCAUGGAGGCCCAAGAGAUGAUUCGUCGUCUUGAAGAGCAAUUGAAACAAUUGCAAGCGGCAAAGGACGAGCUCGAACUCCAUCAAAAGGAGCUACAAUCAAUGUUGCAACGUCUCGAAGAGGCUAAACAUAUGGAACAAACCGAGAAGAUUAAACUCGAAGAAGAAAUCCAAGCUAAACAGGCUGAAGUGUUCCGAAUUCAAGAGGAAGUCAAUGCCAAGGACGAUGAAACCAGACGGCUGCAAGCUGAAGUCGAAGAAGCUAGGCUCAAACAGGCUGAAGCUGCUGCUGCUCUCUUAGCUGCAUCAACAACACCCCAACACCAUCAUGUUGCUGAAGAUGAGAAUGAUAAUGAAGAAGAAUUGGCCAACGGUGAUGUUCAUGGUGGGGAUGUAUCAAGAGACUUGGAUACUGAUGAACACAUUAACGAUCCAGUUGAGGAUAGGCGUACGUUAGCCGAACGAAAUGAAAGGCUUCAUGAUCAAUUGAAGGUUUUGAAACUAGAUUUGGCACAUUCUCGUGAUGAGACCAAGGAGACGCUCAACGAUAAGAUUCAUCGUGAAAACGUUCGUCAAGGUCGUGACAAAUACAAGACACUCCGAGAAAUUCGAAAGGGCAACACGAAACGUCGUGUUGACCAGUUUGAAAACAUGUAAAGUGCUUAACUCACCCACAAACCAACAAAAAACUAAAAACAAAAACUUAAACACAAAGUAAAAAGUAAAAAGUUAAUAAAAUAUUUAAAAUUAAAACAAAAGAUAAAAGAAACAUUAAAACGCCAUUGCAGUCGUCCAGUUAUAUAAAGAAGAAAAAAUUGUUAGUCGAAAAUAUAAGUAAAUAUAGUUUUUAUUUAAUUACUAAUUCAGAGACAAAGUCAAUGAAACUAACAACAAACAAUGAAAUAAAAAAAAAUACAAUAUUAUUAACAAAAAAAAAAAGUUUACUUUGUUUUCAUUAAAAAGAAAAAAAUAUUUGUAUUACAACAUAUGUAAAAAUAAUAAUUAUAAAAGGAAUGUGUUUUGUUUUUAUUAUUUUCUUUAUCAGAUAUAUAAGCAUUCAAAUAUUAUAAACAAAGUAUUUGAAAAAAAAAAACAAAUAAAGACUAAAUAAAAUAAAAUCAGUAACGUGAGUGGAACAAUAUAAAUUUUUGUACUUGCUAUCAACAAAAAAAAUUAAAAAAACAACUUUUUAUAUAAACUUUUUUACAUGAUAUUCUUAUUAAAAAAAAAAAAAAACAAAAAACAAAUACAACUGAAUCAAAUAAAUUACAUUCGCAGCACUAAAGUAAAAUAAAAAAAAGUCUAUUCAACAGCAGCAGUGUAAAAUAAUAAUAUAUCUCUGUACAAAACUACUAACGAAAAAAUAAUAAAUUAAAACGAAAAAAAAAGAACUAGUAUUAAAUGAAGUUUAUAAAUCAUACAAAACCUAUAAUUAUUAUUUUUAAAUAAUAAUAUCGUUCUUCUUAGAUAGAUAUUAUGAUUUUUUAUUAAAUUGUUUAUUUUACACAGUUGGGGAAUUUAUAUCUUUCUAUUAUUAUUAUUACAUAAUUAUAAUGUUCAUUUGUUAUAUUAAUGUGUUUUUCUUCUCUUCGUCUUGUCUUAUAUCGUUUUCUUUUUAUUUGUUUGUAUUUUUUUUUAGGGUAGUGAAUAUUGUGUACAGUUCUCAAUAUUUGUUUCCUCUUAUACAUAAUAAUAAUAAUAAUAUUUACCACUAAACAAAAUAUAUAGAAACUUAACAACACUUAGUGUCACAGUAAGAUGAAUUAAACAAAAAAUAAAUAUAUUAACUGAUGCAUUUUUUUCCAUUAAAAGUUAUAAUGAAUAUUUUUCUGUGUAAUUUAAUUUUUAAAUAAAUAAGUACGUUUUUUUGUUAAUGUUUGGCCAUGUUACAAGUAAAAUUUUUUGUCGAGCUUAAAAUAAAUUUUUCGUCGAUAUGUAUAACCAACAAAUAAAGUAUAUAAAUAUAAAUCAUUUUUAGGUUUUCAUAUUUUUUUCUUAUAAAGAUACUUAAAUGCGAACGCUCAAGUAUUUUUAUUUAAUAUUUAAAAGUUAUUUUUAUUGUAUUAUUUUUUUCUUUUGAAAAUAAUAAAAAAAAACAAAAAUCUAAGAAAGAACGUUGUAUGUUUCACAAAAACUAAAAGAGAAAGAUGAUAUUUGGCUUAAGUUUUAAAAUGGAACGGUAUUCAAUCAAAUAAACAGCAACACCAACUUGAAUGAACCUAAAUAUUUUAAUAAAAAAGAAGUAAUAUUUUGUUAAAAACAAA